UAUCCUCAGGUGGUGACCAAAGAUCUGGUGUGUACCGAAGUGAGCGCGGUGUGUUACUAUCGUAUCGAGAACAUGUCUGUGUGUUAUUCCUCCCUCGCCAGUGUCCCAGAUGUGCUGCAGCCUCUGACCCAGGUGUCUGUUAGAGAGAUACUGGCCCACCAUGCCUUCACUGACAUUUUGCUGAACCGGAAACGGAUGGCCCAGGAGAUUCAGGUCAGUUUAGAUUCGGUAACCUGCAGGUGGGGUAUCAAAGUGGAAAGAGCGGAGAUAGAAGAAAUCAGUCUUCCACCUGAACUGCAACACAACUUUGCUGUGGAGGCCGAAGCGAGACGUCAAGCACAAGUCAAAGUGAUUGCUGCAGAGGGAGAAAAGGCGGCUUGUGGGGCUUUAAAGGCCUCUGUAGAGUCUCUCUCUGGUUCUCCAAUGGUUGUGCACCUUCGACUCCUGCAGCUCCUCAACAAUCUGCGCUCUGAGCAGCCCGCUGUGAUCCUCAACAUACCUCCUGAUGUCCUGACUCAAUCCAUCGACCUCACCAGUUUGACCAGACCUGCCAAUCAAAAUGACGACAGAGACAACUGA